AUGGGCGAAUCGAACCGACCGGCCAGCAAUCCGAAGCCAGCCAAAACCUUUGUGGUGAAGAAGGUGUCCGUGACAAGGAAAGUCGCCAAGGUCGUCAAAGGACCAGUACAAUUGGCCCAGAAGAUUUAUCAAUACGAAGCUCAAGUUUCCAAGAAAAUUCUGAAGAAAAGGUAAUGUUUUUGGAUUUUAUUGUUAUGUAUUUAGGAGAUUUUGAUGUCUUGAAUAACAUAGGAAGUAUAUUUAAAGAUUUUUUGUUUAAAAAUAAUUCAAAAGGGUCAGAGCUGCUUUGUAAAACAAUAUUUUAUGAAAAGACGUGAUUAUGUGACCAUUUUCGGCUAUUUGAAUAUAUUACACAUGGCCAAUUUUUAAAAAUGCUGUAAAGAACGAAAUUUAAUAGCUAGCUCACACGGUUUGAUAAAUUUCAAAGUGUCAUAGCUUCUUCUUGUUUUGAAAGUAAGAAGAAAAGGGGUUAUUUGUUUUUCCAUGCCUUUUCGAAUGUUUUCUCUGAUAGCUAGGUUUUUAAACGUGGGGUUUUUGCUCUUUCGCUCAAAACAAGCUAAUAAUGGUCAAAGUCUCCACCAUUAUGAUGGAGUUGACGCAGCUUAACAUGUUUUAUAUAAAUAAAAAGUAAGUGGGGCUUAAAAUGUUUAUGGGACAUCAAAAUUUAUAUUGUUAUAGAUAGAGCCGACUGAUUUAGCCAAUUUUAUUGUUUUUACUCGAAUUUUUGUUUUAAACUUGAAUUUUAAUCGUUCUGUUUUAGUUUGAAGCUUGUUUCGCCUUUGAAGACAUCCUUGCGGACGCCAGUUUUCAUUGACUGCUUUCCAAGACAUCUGAAGAUAGAGGACGAUUCUUAUGGUAAGUUAUUGAUUCUUUUGCUUUUUCUGUGUUUAGACUGCUUGGCUACACGUUGUUUGUGCUGUUCUACACGUAGUAAAAUGUAUUGCCAAACAUUUUUGCUUAAUUUUGAGUUAUUUUACUAACUUUUUGCUGUUUUAUCGUCGAUUUUGAUGGAUAACAUUAACUUUUUGGUGGUUAAUAUAGAAUAAUUUUUGCUGUGAACGUACUAAUGACUGUUUGUUGUAAAAAAAUAAACAAAUAUCUUUGGCAAAACAAUAAAUAACAAUAUAGAACAUGUAACACUACAAUAUUCAUAACCAGUUAAUUAACAAUUCACUAAACACGUUGAGUGAUCAAAGAACAACUACUAUUUACAAUAUUUUUUGAAAUUAUCUGAAAUCUAUGCGAAUUAGCAUUUUGUUUGUUAUAUUUGGCCAGUGCGGUCGACUUCUUUACACUUUUAACUUUUGUUUUUGUGAGUUCACUUUAGUUUAUUGCUUUGGGCGUGCACUGAUAUUAUUCAUUAUAAUUUUUGAUCUUAAAGAUAAUAAAAUAUUGUUUUUGAAAGUGGUUUUUUAGCUUAAAAAGCAUUGUUUGGGUAGAGAAUAAUAAGAAAAGUUGUUUUUUUUUAUUUUUAAAAUUAAAAAAAAUUUGAAAUUUAAAAAUUUAUGAAAAAAAUUUUGAAAAUUUAAGUUUGUUUGACAUUGUAGUGAAAAAUAUCGCUCAGCCUCUGUACAAAGUGUAAUUGGUCUCAAUUUCAGUUGCGAAUUUUGUGAAAUAAUCUAAAUAUGAGCUAUGUCAAUUACCAAACAAGUAAACCGAAACGGAGACGGAAGCGCCAAAAACAUCUAAAAAGUUUGUUUUUAAAGCUUUAUUAGGUCAUUUUUGAGCUUAGUAAGGACAUUUUAGAGCUUUAUCAGGUCUUUUUUAAGCUUUAUCUAGUCGUUUCAGAGCUCAUUAAGGCCAUUUUAGAGCUUUAUCAGGGGUUUUUAAAGCUUAAUCAGGGCAUUUUUAAGCAUUAUCAAGUCCUUUUUGAGCUUAAUCAGGACGUUUUUAAGCUUUAUCAAGUCCUUUUUGAGCUUAAUCAGGGCAUUUUUAAGCUUUAUCAAGUCCUUUUUGAGCUUAAUCAGGACGUUUUUAAGCCUUAUCAGGCCAUUUUAGAGCUUUAUCAGGUCAUGAUUAUACCCUUUGUGCCAUUUUUAAGUUAACUGUCCUCUCUCUCAUGACUGUCUGUGGUCAAAAAUAAAAAUAUUUCAGACUUUAGGCCUAAAACAAUCAAAUUUUAAUUUAUUUCAAAUUUUUCGAAGUCCCAAUUAUCUUGUACUAACCUGUAUGUUGUGCUGUGAGUGUGCCUAACUGUCAACCUGCUUUUGUGUUCAAAUAGACGCUUUUAAGUACAAAUUAGAUGCUUUUAUGUCCCAAUUAGAUCAUGUUGUUCAUAUCAAAAUUCACUUUUUGUAGCGGAAGACUGUCGGGUUUCGACGGUGGCGGCCGAAGUCAGGACGGUGGAGUUGUUGGCGGCGAGCGAAGAGGCGCUCGAAACCAGAAGCCUGAACCUAGAAUGGAGCGCUGAAGACGUGGAGCAGUUGCGGAUUGCCGCCGGCAAAGAACAGCGUAAAUAUUGUAUUAUAGUAGGCAAAAGUUGGUAUUAUAGGGCUGACGAAGGCAGAAAAUGUUAUAUUAUAGUAGGCAAAGUAGUGUAAUAGAGCUAAAUAGGGCUGUAAAAGUUUUAUAGUAGGCAAAGUAGUAUUGUAGAGCUAAAGAGGGCUGUACUAUAUACUAAAAUGCAAUAUAGUACUAGAGAAAGUGGUACAGAAGUACAAAGAAAAUAGAAUGUUGAGCUGAAUAGUCGGAUUAUUUUAUUGGUAUACCUAAAAAUUGAUAUUUUUGUUAGGCGUGAAGAAUAAUAUCGAAUUUUUUAAAAAUUUUAUUGAAAAAUCGAAAAGAAAAAUUAAAAAUUUCAGAAUCCAGAACACUAGAAGCACCAUGGAAAGGCCCAGUAACGUUGGAAAGCAUCCCAAAAGAAGUGGCAUUAAGUUGUAGUGGCUGUGGCUUCCUAGGAACAUAUCAUUUCGGAGUUAUGGUCUGUUUCAAACGACAUGCCAAGGUAAGAUUUUGAAAAAUAUUGUAAAAUACGCUUGGAAUAAUGGAGGUAGUGAUUAAAUGGCAAAAACUUUCUUUGCAAUACGAAAAAUGGCAAGAACUUUCUUUAAAAAAAGAAAAAUGGUGAGAACUUUCUUUACAAACGAAAAAUGGCAAGAACUUUCUUUACAAUUCAAAAAACGGCAAAAACUUUCUUUACAAAACAAAAAAUGGCAAAAACUUUCUUUACAAUACGAAAAAUGGCAAGAAAUUUUCCUACUACAAGGUCAACAUUACCUAUUUCAGACCCUCUUAAGCCACGUAACAAAGUUUGCGGGAGCCUCGGCCGGCUCACUCGUCGCCUGCCUAAUGUGCUACAACCCGGACAGUCUGGAAGCCGGUCUAAGACAAAUGUAUCAGCUAGCCGACGAAAUGAAUCGACUCAAGCUAGGCGCUCUAACCCCUGGCUUCUACCUGAACGAACGAUUGAAGAAGAUUAUCGACGAAUUCCUACCUAAUGAUCUGCCUCAACCGAAACAUAGCCUCAAUGUGUCAUUAACGAAACAAACUGGUCGAACUAAUGUCAUUGUGGACAGGUUUAAAGACAGAGACCAUCUGGUACAGUGCUUGUUGGCUAGUUGUUAUAUACCUAUGUAUUCGAUGGGGUAUUAUGCUACUCCACCUGAAAUUGAUGGGCAGGUGAGUGGAAAUGGGUUUUCUGAGGUGGUAUGGCUAUUAUAAGUAUGUAUGAGUUGGCUUUAGAAAAUCCUUGCGUUUUUGAAAUUAAAAACUUGAUAUUCAUCGAUUUUUUGUCAUUUUUAAGCGAUUUUCUGGCGUUUUUAAACGAUUUUUAAAUUUUUCUUGCAUUUUUUAAAUAUUUUAUGCCAUAUCUAACCUCUAGAUUGCGCAAAACCUCUUAUAUUGUCUAUUGCCAUAGCAAUAUGGCUCUUUUAAACCUUGCGCACCCAUAGUCGAGUGGCUAAGCAACUCACUUUUGACUCAAAACCUCGUAGUUUCGGCGAACGCCAGAGAAACCCGGUUUUAACCUCAAAAAUAAGCCUAAAAGUGAAUAAAACAAUGUCGAUGAUGUCCGAUACUAACUACACACACACUUUUGAUCUUAUUUGACCGUUCAAAGACCAGUUUCGAAGGUAAAAAAAAUGUCGAGAUUGGGGUGUGGACUAUGAGAAUAUCCCGAACUGAGACUUGUUUUUUGCCAUUUUUGGCCGAUUUUUGAGGCAAAAAUGAGGUUAAAGGGGUGAUUUUAGAGGUAUUGAUGUUUUUUAUCAAAGGGCUUGGUUAUUUUUUGAAAUUUUAUAAAAAAAAGUUUGAAAAAGUUAAAAUUUUACAAAAAAUUGAAAAAAAACCUUUUAGUUGUACAUUGACGGUGGCUACACGAACAAUUUGCCCACAUUCGAAAGCAUGCCAACUAUUACAAUAUCACCAUUCAGUGGGUCGGCCCUAAUUGCACCAGCCGACACGAAUCUGUUCGAAUGGCGAAUGUCACUGGGCAACCAACUUAUGAAGGUAUGUUUUAUUAAGUUAUGACAUUUUUUGUUGGCAUGAUAAGGCUUAUAAAAUGAUAAUGAAGGGUGAAGAAGAAUGAAAAAUAAAGAAGCCAAACGUUUUGUGAAGUGUGGUUUUUAUACCUAAAAACUAACAAAAUUGCCAUUUUUGAAGACUAUAAAGUUAAAAAUUGCGAUAACUUUCUUUCCACUACCCUAAAAACCUUAAAAACUUUGUUUUCACCUAUUGUUCUUCGAACUUUUUAUAAUCAAACGCACCGUUGCUUAACUUGCCAGAUCGGUCGGGAUCGCGCGUUCGCACUGUGCAAAGAAGACAAAUGGCGCUGCACGGUGCAGAAAUUAAUUUUUUGGCAAUAACUUUGUAUACAAUGACUUAAUAUGGCAUUUUAAAAGAUUUUUGAGAAUUCGAAGGAACUUUCUUUACAAAUUUUUUGGAAAAACGAAAUUUUGAUGUUUUUUGAAAAAUCGCGAUAACUUUGUUUACAAAACAAGAAAUGACAAAAAUUUUGUUUACUGUGUUAUAAAAUGAUUUUAUUUCAAAUUUUUGAGUAUUGGAAAGGACUUUCUUUACAAAUUUUAUGAAAAAAACGCAAAAACUUUCUUUACAAAACAAAAAACGGCAAGACCAUGUUCGUAUUUUACAAAAAAUAAUCUUUUUUUCAUUUUUAUUUUAUUUUAAAAAUUUCAGGUAAACAUGCAGAACAUUGUACGAGGAGCGCAAGCCCUAUUCCCACCGUCCAGUCAAGUGCUACACGCCUAUUAUGAGAUGGGCUUCCGAGACGGGCUCAAGUUCUUACUUCACAACGGUCUACUGGAACGGGACGAAGGCACGGAAUUGUGA